AUGUCAGGUCCAAUUACGUAUCCUCGACAAGUAUUGCAACGAGUCAGUGACCGUAAAAAAAGAAAACUAGCUAUUGACGAUUCUGAUGAAAUAGAAUUGGAUCAUAAUUUCGAUUUGAUCAUAGAUUCUGAGUUACAAGUGAUCGAAGAUUCCCAAACAUCAUUGAAAGGGCAUAGAGACUUGUUUGGUGAACUUAUACCGCCAGAUGAAUUUGUCAGUCAUACAGAAGCUAAAAAUAAAUCAAAUAAAAAGACAACAUCAAAGAAAAAGAAACAAUCCGAUGAAGAAAUUAGUCCAAUAAUGAAACCAAAAAGGGUGUUUAUUCCUACCCCAAAUUUCAUGAAAUUAAUGAAAGAGGCGCAAAUAGAAUUGUACUCCUUAAUGGGUGUAAACAAGAGUUCAAGUGACAUUUCAGUUGUAACAAGUGAUAAUCUUAAUGUCAGUGGAAUUCAAAAUUUAGAAAACAGUCCUAUAAAAAGUACAAGAAAUGAGUCUACAACAAAUUCAAACAAUAAUGAUAAUGAUAAGGAAUCUCGACAAGUUCUUGAAGGAGUUGUAGCAUUUGUUGAUUACAAACUUGACAACGAUCGCAGUGCUUCAAGCAUUAUUGAAUGCCUCAUUGAGAUGGGUGCCAAAGUUGAAAAAACAUUCAAUCAAAAAGUUACCCAUGUGAUGUUUUGUGAUGGCUACCGUAGUACAUAUAAUAAAGCAAUCAAACGUAACAUCCCACUAGUGUCAGCAAGAUGGAUGGAGUACAGUAAAUUAGCUAAUAAGAUGUUGAAACCAGAAGACUAUCCACCUGUUGAUUUGGAAAAAUACACAAAAAAAACACCCCUAAAAAAUAUUAAUAUUCCAGUAGGCCAUACAUAUAAAAAAUUUUUAAGACAAAGUAAUAUUGAACGUGACCAGAUAUUUAAAUCCAGAUGUGAUCAAAUUAUGGAAAGAUUUAACAACUUAAAUGUGAACCAAAAUAAUAAAAAUGAAGACUGUUUUAUUGUUGGGACCCCCAAAAAAACAACUGUAAACAAACUAGAUGGUCCUUAUGAAACAAAUGAUAUUGUCAAUAUGUUAUCUGAUCAACUAUGUAAAGUGUUAAACAAAAUUGAUAGUCCAGUACCAGAUGAUCAAAUUGAUGAGUUAUAUAUACCAAUGUCACUUAAAGUAUUAAGAAAAUAUCUCACACCUAAUGGAAAGGAGAAUACAACUUGUACAGAACUAGAUAGUGAACUAGCUAAAAUUGAAGAUCGAUUAAAUUUAAAUUCCCAAGCUAGACAACGAUUUCGUAAGCUAUUAUUUCCUUCCGAUAAUAAUUUAAAUAACAUGAGCAAUGUUAGUGAUUUCCCAACUCCGUCACCUGAAAAAUUGAGAAUCAGUGCUCCAUCAAGAUUAAUUAGUACAAAAAAACGGAAAACAAGGGUUGAUAAUAAAUUGUUACCCAAUACCAAAAACUUAAACAGUAAUAAAAUAACACCACAAAAAAAUGUUAAAAUUAAUUCCUUAAAGUGGGAAAUACCUACAGAUCUACGUCCGAAAAAAACUAAAAAAGUCACCGUUCAAAAAGUAAAAAAUGUGAAAAUGACUCAAACCAAAGACACUGUUUCUGGUUUAAUGUCCAGAAAUUCUUCUUCAAUUUUCCAGACACCAAAAGCCUCUUUAGCUAGCCCUGUUAUAUUGCAAUCAAUUGCAUGUAGUGGAAUGACGAAAAGUGAAACAAACAUUUUAAAGUCAUGUAUACAAGACUUAGGAACAUUUAUUUUUCAUCCUAAGGUGGAACCUUCGACCACUUAUUUAGUUACCAAAUCACAACCAAAACGAACAUUAAAUAUUGUAUUUGCAAUGGCCUAUGGAUGUUUCAUUGUUUCUGAAGAUUGGGUACACAAAUCACACAAAAAUGGAAGAUGGUUAUCUCAUCAACAAUAUUUGAUCUCAGAUUUAUCUGAACCCGUCAAAGAAUUUCAAUUACGUCGUCAUACAUUUGGGUCAUUAAUGACAUUUAAUAUAUUUGAUAACGUUGGCAGGAUAUACAUAUCAAAUACCUGUGAGCCCCAUGCUAAACUCUUAAGACGACUGGUGCGUGCAUGUGGUGGCCAUUGUACAAGCACUGAGACUAAGGCCAAUGUCGUAGUUGGGUCUACACCACAAAUGAAUGAUAAUAUUCAUGAAAAAUGGAUUUUGGAUUGCAUAACCCAAGGGACAUUGCUAAAUAAAAAUCAAUAUAUGAUAGUUAAUACUAAUGACUAA